AUUAACACAAAAGCUAAAGUUUCAGUCCUUGUAUUGGAGACUGGAAACACACGCCCUCACAUCUCUCUUUCUCUCUCUCUCUCUCAUAAAAUUCUUUUCAAAGUUUUAAAUAUUAAACAUGAUUUCAUCACUACCCAGUAUUUAAUCACCAUACCCACAUGGUUAAAACUUUAAGAAAAUCCAACCCAUUUCUCAGUUUUUAAUUCUCUCUCGCUUACAAGUUCAAGGUGUCAGAAUAGAAAACCAAGGUAUAUUAGAAGCUGUGAGAUAAGAGAGAGAAGUGGAAGUUUUUCUUCGUUAUUCUUGGUGUUAAAGAGCCUGGGAAAUGGUGAGAGAGUGAAUUUAUUUGAAUUGAUCGAGUUAAGAGUAGUUGCUUGGAACGGUCAUUUAGUGCUGGAUGGAAUUGAUGGGAGGUGUGUUUUUAUGCACAAAAACUAGGCGUAAAUGGUGCGAUUUUGAUCACAGAAGAAGACAACAUCAAUGUACACAAACACAAACAGAAGAAACAAGGCAAGGGAGUUUCUCAAUCAUGAGUUGUAGAUGGUGUAAGAUCUCGCCAGUCAUUCCCAUUUUUGUUUUCUAUCUCCUUGUUUCUUCUUCAGUUUCUCCUGCUUAUUCUUUGGAAACCGGCAAUCAACAUGCAACUUCAACCAAUCAAACUCUCCGUCCAGAGGAAGAGUUACACAAGUUGAAGAUGAUUAGAGCUCAUCUCAAUAAACUCAACAAGCCUGCCGUCAAGACAAUUCAGAGUCCGGAUGGUGAUAUUAUAGAUUGUGUUGAAUCUCAUCUUCAACCAGCUUUUGAUCAUCCUAAAUUGAAAGGAAAGAGACCAUUGGAUCCACCAGCCAGACCAAGUGGCCAUAAUCCAACUGGUAUGGUAACUGAAGACUUUCAGUUGUGGAGUAUGUCGGGUGAAUCAUGUCCAGAAGGAACAGUUCCAAUCAGAAGAACAACACAACAAGACAUGUUAAGAGCCAGUUCUUUUCGAAGAUUUGGGAGAAAAUUAAGGAGACAUGUUAGAAGAGACACAAACAGCAAUGGCCAUGAGCAUGCAGUUGGAUAUGUGACGGGAGAUCAAUACUAUGGAGCAAAAGCUAGUAUCAAUGUGUGGGCACCAAAGGUAGAUAAUCAGUAUGAAUUUAGCUUAUCACAAAUGUGGGUAAUCUCAGGCUCAUUCGGAGACGAUCUUAACACCAUUGAAGCUGGUUGGCAGGUAAGCCCAGAGCUGUACGGGGACAAUUACCCCAGGUUCUUCACUUACUGGACUAGCGACGCUUAUCAAGCUACUGGAUGCUACAAUUUGCUAUGCUCGGGGUUUGUGCAGACUAAUAAUAGAAUCGCUAUUGGGGCUGCAAUCUCUCCAACAUCAUCAUAUAAUGGUGGUCAAUUUGACAUUAGUUUGCUGGUUUGGAAGGAUCCAAAGCAUGGAAACUGGUGGCUAGAAUUCGGAUCCGGGGUUCUAGUCGGGUACUGGCCAUCGUUCUUGUUUACUCACCUUAGAGAUCAUGCAAGCAUGGUACAAUUUGGUGGAGAAAUUGUAAAUUCCAGGACAAAUGGUCACACUUCAACACAAAUGGGGAGUGGACAUUUUGCAGGAGAAGGGUUUGGAAAAGCAUCUUAUUUUAGAAAUUUGCAAGUAGUUGAUUGGGAUAAUAAUUUAAUCCCAUUAUCAAAUCUAAGAGUCCUGGCGGAUCACCCCAAUUGCUAUGAUAUUCAAGGAGGAAUUAAUAGGGUUUGGGGCAAUUAUUUUUACUAUGGUGGACCUGGAAGAAAUGUCAGAUGUCCCUAAAGGGAUAAAUAAGUACAGGGUGGGAAGGGUUUUUUUUUUUUUUUUUUUUUAAUUUUAGUUUCAAUAUAUAUUCUUUUUUCUUCUUCUUGUUGGGUGAUUUGGGUUUCUUCUCGAGAUCGUUUGGGGUAUUCUUAUAAUUAUUUUCUAUGUUAAUCCAUUUUUUAUCA